AUGUCGACUCCCUACUGGGGCCAGCUGCCACCCCCUAAGGCGAGCCAAACCAGAGCCCGCCGUCUGUCCGAUGACAUGGAUUCACCAGAUCGCCGCCAGUCAUUGGAUACCCCAAACCACGGACAGCCAAGAUUGAAUCGCAUCUCGGUCCAGACUACAAAAUCCGACGCGCCGACCGAUUCCACCAUGAGUCCGUAUGCGACGCCCACCGACUUGAGCUUCCAGGCCCAGGGCCUGACUCCUAGGCCACCCUCUUUGCCCUACGGCACCAGCCAGUAUCCCCCCGAGCUUCUCGAGAACCGCCGCCGCCGCAGGAGCAGGCACCAGGAGCAGGAGCAAGUGUAUGGCCCCGUGACUGUGCCUCCACCGCCUGCUGCGCCCGACGUCCCCCGCGCUCCCCCUUCGAGCUACAAGUAUCUACCAUCGAGUGGCGGCCAGCCACAUUCAUACCUUAUACCGCCGCAAGGGAUUGGCAACCCGCCGAGUCAGAUGGGGCGCGAGGAACACUACAAGCUGGCCGCGCCGGCCGACCAGACCGAGAACCACCUGUCCGUAGACCGGACAAAACAGACACUCGAGGAGUCCGCAAUGCCGCGGCCCCAAAGGAUCAACACAGACCCCGCGCUCGCCAGCCAGCGGAGAGCGUCUGCAGCCGAGCAGCCAUUACAAAGGGGCGCUCGGAGGACAUCGACCAGCAGCUCGACAGACCGUCCGAAACCGUUCGCAGACGUCCGCUCUCCCCUGCAACGGCUUGAGCUGACGCUCGACAGCAUCUCCAAGGAGGACAAGCGGGCUCGCGUCGAGGCUGCCGAGAGGGUGGUGCGAGAGAGGGCGGCGGCAGCGGCGGCAAAAGGGCCCGCCCCACAAGCCGAAAAAAGCCCGCAGCAAGUUCGCUUCCGGGAGCGACGACCUUCGGUGGCAGCUGCGGACGCACCAACCACCCCGAUCACGCCGACGCAGCCGGCCCGUCACCCGACUGGCCAGAAAGGCCCUCUCACGCAGAACCCGCCCGACGAGGGGCCGAGACAGAGCGCCGCUGAAGAGCCGUCUCCGAGAGCAGUCACCGAGUCGCAUAUCCCAGGCCCAGCCCAGCCCUCUGGUACUCCGCAGCGCAAUCUCAGCUUCCGCGAGCGAGCCGCAAGAAACGACAUCAAGAUUCCGAAUGGCCUCGACUCUCCUGUAUCCAAACAAGGCACUCCCACGGUGGCACCCAACGGCCGUACUCCAACGAGAAGUGGCAGCAACAAGCUGAGGAAGAAUCCGCCCGAGGUGCCCAUUCAGACCCCACGAGUAGCGGGCGGGCAAGUGACGCCGGCUACCACUAGAGCCGCCGGUGCCCCUCCGCAGCACCAAGCUGAGCCAACGUCCAGGGGGCCUCUACCGGGUCAUCAGCCCCUUAACGAUGACGUCGCAGACGAAUUCAUGGCAUACCCGCCUUCUAGCAAACUGACCAAGACACCCAGCCAGAGAAAAGCUGACCAGAUCCUCGGCCGAGUUCCAAUGCAGAAGGCUGCGGCGGAUCAGCCACGACAGGGCGCGGUGUUCAAAGCACUGAUCUCGCCUGCUGCCGCUACAAAUCCCGUAGAAUAUUCUCCCGCGGCGGCUACGGACGGCCCCCUCCCAGACGCACGCAGAGAUCUUGAAGACCCCGCCGACGCCGGCGGCCAGCGGCACCACAUGUCGGAUUUGAUCUACCACGGCCGCGACAAGUUCCAGCCCGGCCAUGGCAUUUUCAAGCCGACCCCGUAUCUCGACGAGUGGAAAAAGGCGACAGUCGGAACCUUGUCGGGAGGGCUGCUCGAUAUCGACGACGUGCCGCCGGCGGUGGAAACCGGAAAGAACACGGCCUGGUGGGAGGCAUCGCAGUCGCGACGGCGGAGCAACAGCCUGUCGUCGCGGCCCAAGAAGGCGGAGGCGUUUGAGGGAGAAUAUGACGAGACAAACGGUACGCGAUCCCCCAAUCAGCAGGCCUUGUACCCCAACAUUGGAAAGGUGCAGAGCGGCGACCUCCACCAGUUGCUGUCCACAAGCGACUUUGGCGGUGGCGGUCCGCCGUUCGAGCCCCAGCACCUCCUCCCCAGGAGGGCGAGAGCCCGAGCGAAGCGCUGGGACGGGUUGCGUCCCUUCAGCCCAAUCCCCUCUGCGAACGACUCCCAGGGCAGCCUGGGCUGUUUCUCGUUGUGUAGCAACGAUGCGGCGUUCUGCCGCCAGCCAUUGUCCUAUUCUUCUCCUACGAGAUUCAAGCCGCCACUGUACCUCAAGUGCGGACCGCUGCUGAGGUUCUGCGGCAUCCGCCAUGAGCGGGUGCCCAACAGGACCACUGGCAACGGCGCUGUCGUUGACAGGGAGAUAUGGCGCGGCUCCAUCAUGAUUGUCACCACGGACGCCGAUUCGUCUUAUGACAUUUGCCCGACGCUGAGGCUGUUCGUACAGCCGAUUGAGCUCUUGCCGCCCCCGCCGAGGGAGAUUCAUGGAGAUGAGCCACUGGCGCCUGAAUAUGUCGACCCCAUUGCCGGGCAUCCCAAGCUCGGCCGGAAAGGCGAGAUUCUCUAUGUCAGACCCGUGGACCAUCUCGAGGAGGCCAAGGACGUCUCGAGGAACGAGACGGACGACGGGCUGUUUGAAAAGACCAAGAGCCCGCCGGAAGUGCCGCUCCCGGAAGGUGCGGUAGAUCCACCAGGCUCGUUCGCCGCCCGUAGGAAGCGGGCUGAGAUGGACGGCGAGAAGGCCGGCAAGUACAAGGACAUCCGCGGCUUCAGGCUACACGCCGAGCGCGGCUACACGUUUUGGCGGUUCAACAUUGAGGUGGAGCUGCGCGACAAGCAGCAGCGCAUCGCGUACCGGAUCAACAGGGGCCCGUCGACGGGCUUCUGGGUCCCCGCCAAGGGCCAGAGCAUGAACAUCAUGUUCUACAGCUGCAACGGCUUCAGCCUGAGCGUCGAGACGGACGACUUCAGCGGGCCGGACCCCAUGUGGCGCGACGUACUCAACACGCACCAGAGCCAGCCGUUCCACGUCAUGAUCGGCGGCGGCGACCAGAUCUACAACGAUCGGUGCAUGCAGGACGCGCGCCUCUUCCGCGACUGGCUGAUGAUCAAGAACCCGCUGCACAAGCACAACGCGCCCUUCACGCCCCAGAUGCAGGACGAGCUCGAGACCUUCUAUCUAGAGCGCUACGCCAUGUGGUUCUCGCAGGGCCUGUUCGGCAUGGCCAACGCCCAGAUCCCCAUGGUCAACAUGUAUGACGACCACGACAUCAUCGACGGGUUCGGCUCCUACCCGCACCACUUCAUGAACUCGCCCGUGUUUUCCGGCCUCGGCAACGUCGCCUUCAAGUACUACAUGCUCUUCCAACACCAGAGCAUCGUCGACGAGUCGGAGAAGGCCGAGCCCAGCUGGGUGCUGGGCGUUCGCCCCGGGCCAUAUAUCAACGAGCUCAGCCGCAGCUUGUUCAUGUUCUUGGGGGGCAAGGUCGCGCUGCUUGCGGUUGACGCGCGCACCGAGCGGACCCGCGAGGAGGUCAUCCGCGAGGACACGUGGAAGAAGAUUAUGGAUCGGUGCUAUGGCGAGAUUGACAAGGGCAAGGUGGAGCAUAUGCUGGUCCUGCUGGGCGUGCCGAUAGCUUACCCGCGACUGGUAUGGCUUGAGAACAUUUUGACGUCCCGGGUUAUGGACCCUGUGAAAGCGCUCGCGAAGCUGGGCAUGUUUGGCGGCCUGCUCAAUCGCUUCGACGGCGGCGUGGAGGUUCUCGACGACCUGGACGACCACUGGACCGCCAAGAACCACAAGCACGAGCGCAGUAUUGUCAUUGAGGAUUUGCAGGAUUUGGCGGCGGACAAGUCGGUCCGCGUUACGAUUCUGAGCGGCGACGUCCACCUCGCGGCCGUCGGGCAGUUCUACUCGAACCCCAAACUCGGCCUGGCCAAGCACAAGGACUUCCGUUACAUCCCAAACGUCAUCUCGUCCUCCAUCGUCAACACCCCGCCGCCGGAUCUGCUCGCCGACGUGCUCAACAAGCGCAACAAGGUGCACCAUUUUGACCGCGAGACGGACGAGGACAUGAUCCCCCUCUUUGCCCACGGCGUCGACGGCAAGCCCCGCAACAACAAGCACCUCCUCCCGCACCGCAACUGGUGCGCCAUCCGCGAGUAUGUCCCCGGCCACACGCCCCCGCCCACGCCCACCCACUCGGCCUACGACCUCACGCCCCCGGGCACCGCCAUCACCAGCGGCGGCUUUGGAGACCCCUCGCGGAGAGGCAGCCUCUUUCGCCGGCUGUCUCUUGGGUCUAGGAGGUCCAAAACCAUUGCUAGUCCCGACGGCCUGCCGACCAAGGACCGCUCGCGCCCGCCCGUGUCGGGCGGUUUGUUAAGGUCGCUGUCCCGCCGCGCGGGUGCCGCCGCCGCCAGUGCGGAUGAGGUUGGUGGUCAGCCCGAUCCCGGCCGGCCGGGGUUCUUGACGCGUACCCUGUCGGGGUCGUCGGUGUCGGGGCGGUUGGGAGGGCUCUUCCGCCGUCGGAGUAGCAGGGGAACCGCUAGGCCUGACGACGGCGGGAUUAAUGGUGUUUGGGGUCUAGAUACGGAUGAGGAGGAGGCAAUGUACUAUCGGGAUCGGUUUCAGCAGUAUCAUCCGUAUGAGCAGCAUGGGUAUUCCCGCGGUGGUGGUGGUAGCGGGGGAGGAAUUGGGUUGCGCGGUGGGCUGGGUCCGGAUGAGGAGUAUGCCCAUGGUCCUAAUCAUGGUCAUGCCCAUCAUCGUGGAAACAACAGCGAAUACGACCAGGGCGACGAGAGUUACUUCUCUGUCGUCAAACCACCCCGUCAUCAUCAGGCCUCGCAUACCCAUACCCCCAACCCACCUGUCCCUCCCAAAGAUAAUAACACUGUCAUGGCGGGCGGCGCCGUCAGCAGCUACCAUCAACAUCAACAAGAAGCAGAACAUCAUCAUCAAAAUUCACACGACCAACGCAACCACCACCGGGAGAAGGAAAAAGAAGAGGAGGAGGACGACGACGACUUCACGCCCAAGCCGUUCCAUCGCACGCCGACGGGCUUGUCGGCCAAGAAGUUGAGAAGCGGCAAGAAGAACAAUUUGGCCGAGUACGAGGUGAAUCUGCUCGGAGCACUCGAGGUGACGCUCAAUGUCGAGAUUAGCCCGCGCGAUCCGGGGGGUAGCACGGUGCCGUAUCGGUUGGUGGUGCCGAGGUUGUGGUAUGAAUAUGAGGGGGAGGACCUGGGGGUGGAUAAAGAGAUGGGGGUUGCUGCUGCUGCUGCUGGGGAGGAAAGGGAGGGAGAGAGGAUGGGGAUGGGAAUAGGAAUGGGGAUGGGGAUAGGAAUGGGGAUGGGAGUUGAGGCUGGGGAGGGCAAGAGGGUUGGGGGUAUUAAGCGGUUGUUGAGUUUAAGAAGGGGUGGGUGA